AUGGCAACAGAAGAAGGACAUUUGGGUGUUACACCGCCUAUCUCUACUGGUGAAUCCACUAAUCGUGAAAAGGAGGUCACAGCGACUCUGAUGGAGGAGCUCAGAAGGCAAAAUACUAUUGAAACUGAAGAAGAGUCUAGAAGAAGGGAGGUUGUGCUGGGGCGCGUUGCGGCUCUCGUUAAAAAAUUCGUCCGCCAAGUUUCCAUGGCUCGUGGACUUUCAGAAGCCGCAGCUACUGCUGCAGGUGGCAAGAUCUUUACCUUUGGAUCGUAUCGAUUAGGCGUACAUGGGCCUGGAAGUGACAUCGAUACAUUAUGUGUCGUUCCAAAGCAUGUAUCUCGGGAAGACUUUUUCGAAGUUUUCGAGCCGAUGCUCAAGGAGGCCGAUGGAGCUUCAGAAGUAUCGGGAGUUCCGGAAGCUUACGUUCCAAUCAUCAAGGCUAAACUUAUGGGCAUUCCAUUUGACCUUCUGAUGGCACGUUUAGCUUUGUCAUCGAUACCAGACGAUUUAUCAUUGAAGGAUGACAAUCUCUUACGAAAUUUGGAUGAGAGAUGCAUACGAAGUCUCGGAGGUUCACGUGUGGUGGAUGAGAUUCUGCGUCUCGUGCCAAAUGUACACGUUUUCAGAGAUUCAUUGCGAUGUAUUAAGUUAUGGGCUCAACGGAGAGCCAUCUAUUCGAAUGUAAAUGGGUUCUUAGGUGGAGUAGCCUGGGCGAUGCUUGUAGCUCGCAUUUGUCAGUUAUAUCCUAAUGCUAUCGCCGGAGCGAUAGUCAGUCGAUUUUUCAUCAUUAUGUAUCAAUGGUCAUGGCCACAGCCCGUACUUCUGAAACAAAUUGAGGAAGGACCUCUACAAGUUCGAGUAUGGAAUCCUAAACUAUAUCCUGCGGAUCGAUCUCAUAGAAUGCCUAUUAUAACACCCGCUUAUCCCGCUAUGUGCUCUACUCACAAUGUUACAGCGUCAACGCAAAUGAUUAUGACAGAAGAGUUUAAGAAAGGUGCCGACAUUGUGGAUAAGGUCAUAGUCGGAACCGCAGAAUGGUCUGAGCUUUUUGCAAAGCACGACUUUUUCCAUAAAUAUCGCUACUAUCUGCAAGUAAUUGCUUCUACAGGAAGUGCAGACUUACAAAUAAAAUGGUCAGGGACUGUAGAGUCCCGAAUACGACAGCUGGUGAUGAAGCUAGAAUAUGUCGACUCUUUAAUUUUAGCGCAUCCUUUCAUUAAAGGAUUUGAGCAAAUAGCAUAUUGUACAUCUGACGAGGAGGUCCGUGCUGUCGCGCAAGGUGAAACCUCCGAUGCCAUCACGAGACGAAAGAAGGAAGACAUCGCAGGAGUUGAGGGAGCGACUGAGGUCCACACAACAACCUUUUAUAUCGGGCUCGCCAUUGAACCUAAACAACCUGGUGCUGCUGGCCCUAGGCGAUUAGAUAUAUCGUAUCCUACCACUGAGUUUACCAAGCUCGUCAAGAUGUGGGAGAAAUAUGACGAACCCACGAUGGGGAUUGUUGUUCGACAUAUCAAAAGUGCUGCCCUUCCUGAUUACGUCUUUGAUGAGGGCGAGCGACAACCAAGGCAAGCAUUGAAACGCCCGAAGACAGCGAAAGGGUCCGGCAAAUCAAAUCAUACCUCACCUGACGUGCCCAACAAGAAACGACGGUUGGUGCAUUAUAUAUGUUCCUAA